AUUAUAUCUUAUGGUCUCAUGGUCUUGUGGUCUCUCCACAGCUGCGCAUGAACAACAGUCGAAAGUGAAGAUGGGAAAUAGACCGUACCGUCUGAUCUGCCUACUCUGCCUAGUUACAGCCGCCCUCAUCGUGACAGUGGCCGGUCUCUUGAUCCACGGAAUGCACAGCGAUCUCCGUCACCAGUUCACUGAGAUGGAAACGAAGUACAGAUCUGUCAACGAAACCAAGGCUGAAAUCUGUGAUUUUUUGAACAGCAGAAGAGAGCAGGCCUGUUCCAAGGACUUUGUCACAAAUACUGACAGGCGGUACUACGUAUCCAAAUUUGCAACAUCUUUCCUAAAAGCGAUGCAAGAAUGUUCAAAACGUGAAUCAAGUCUUCUUGAAAUCAAUUCCCAGGAUGAAGCGAGUUUUGUUAUCUGCUCUCUUAUCCGCCGGAACGUUACUUACUGGAUUAGACAAUGCGAGACCGGGGAUGAUGCCACUGGUCUGCUGUACAAUGUGUCCUCCGGAAGGUCCUCCUGCAGUGCAUGCGCAUCGAGUGGAGGGAGUGACAAUUGCCUUCAUGAGAACCACCAUUUCAUCUGCGAGUAUUCUGCCCCCUGCUGGCCGGAUAUUCCUGAAGAGAUCCAGCUUCUCUGUCAACAGCCCGGAGAGCCGACUUGAAUCAAAUGAUUUUCCCUUUCUUUCCCUUCCAUUUCUCUCCUCCACUCUCACUCAGCCCAUCCAAUCAAAAUCCUCCCUGCUGUGUCUGCCCCCACCUGUUACUCUAUUGUCCUCUUUUUGCAACCCCGUUCUCCCCACCACACAUGGACAAACACCGCUGUCCAUCUAACCCCUUCUUUCUCGCCAUCCCUCCCCCAACCAGCUCUUCCUCACUCCCACUAUCUCUCUACCCCCUCUCCUCAUUCUACUUCCUCGACCUUUCUCCGCCCGUUAUUUAACCAGUCUCUUCCAACCUCUUUAUAUUUCCCUCCCUUUCGCCCUAUCUCUGCCGCACUCUCUCCUUCUCCACUCCGUUCACUCUAACACCUGCCUCCCUCUGAUCUCGCUCUUUCUAUCUCCUCUCCACCUACUCUGACCUAAAUCCUGUCCCGUCUGGGUCGCGAUGCCCCAGCUCUGGGUCAAAGUCUAUGCGCAUACCGUCAGUCUGUGCCCCUCUUGAGUUUAUGUAACUCUGUACGCUGCAGCGAAUAAAGACCCCUUCCUCUCUCCAUCCCUGUUACUCGAGUCCCGGCAAUAUUCCUGUAAAUCUCCCUCUACAUUCUUUCCGGCUCAAUGGCAUUUUUUCCCAGAGCAGGGCGACCAAAACUGUGCGGGCUCACUGACGUCCUGUCCCACGGCAACGUGACCUCCCGUCACAUGUACUCAGUGUCCUGACCAGUGAAGACCAGCGGGCCAAGUGUCCUGUCCACUCGCAUCGGAUGUUUCCUACUGGAAUCUCCAUUUGAUUUAUUAUCUAAGACUUACAUGGACUAGAAUUUCUC